AUGAGUGACAUUAUGAAAGUCAAUAUGCAUUAUGCUGGAUAUGGUUCUGUGAAAGAAGAUGUCUUUGAUUACAGAGGUGGUUUAGUGAAGGAAGACAUGGUCAUGGACCCUGAUUAUGUGACUUGGUCCAUCUUUGACGAAUUUUGUGAACAAAAUGGGAUUUUUGGGUUGGUGGAUAAGGUAUGCAUAUGUAAUAAUUUUUUUGAUUCUAAAUUACAGACAAAAUUCUGGUUCGAUAGACCGGAAGCAAGAAAGGACUAUGUGCUUAGUGUAUUAGGGAGCAGAUGUAAGGAUGUUAAACGUAAUCUUUGGAUGAUCUACAAACGAAAUGAUCGAAGUGAAACAAUGCUAAAUCGUCCCACCGUAGUACCAGAUGAUCAGUGGCGAAAUUUUGUGACAGUGAGAUUCACUGAAAAAUGGAAGAAUAUGCGAGAACGGAAUAUCAAGAACCAAAGCAAGAAUACUAUACCACAUCUUUGUGGAAGAAAGAGUUUUGCGAGGAAACGACGUGAAAUUGAAGAACAAACUGGAAAAACACCGUGUCGAGCAGAAUUUUUCAUUACAAGUCGCAUGAAACCUGAUGGAAGUUUUGUAUGUGAAGAGGCAAAAAACCGUGCGGAUGAACUCACACUCUUGAUGAGUCAAAAUCCUUCAGCUGGAGGGUCAAACAAUAUCACCGCAAGUUUGGAUGAUGAAUACUCCAAAGUAUUUGGUCCAGAGCGUUCAGGACGCGUCCGUUGUGUCGGACGUGGACCUACACCUUCAAAAUUGCCGAAAUGUUCUCCUACUCCAAUAUUAGAUGCAACAAAUUCCGAAGCUGUUGAGUUGAGGUCACAAGUUUCAGGGUUGCAAAGCCAAGUCCAGAACUUGGCUGGGAUUAUUCAACAAUUAGUUGGUGCCUCUACUACUCAGACAACUGAAUCGACAACUGGAUCGACGCCAAAUUUAGCUACUCUGUUAGCAAACUUGGCCAAUCAGCCAAAUUUUACUACUAUUUUAUCGAGCUUGGCCAAUCCACCAAAUUCUCAGGCAAUGGAAGAAGGACAUGAAAAUCGGAACGUGGGCAACUCCGGUACUUAGGAUUACAAGAUCUGGUUAUAUUAAGUUCAUUAGCUAUAUUUCUUUGUGGAUUAUGUGUUUGUUUUCUUUAAACAGUGAUAUCUACAUUUUGUUACAUUCAACUAGGUUUUAUAUUUGAUGCAUUUUUAUUUUA